AUCAUGAUCCUUUAUUUUUACCUAUGACCGAAAGUCUACGAAAUGUGAAACAAAAUGGGGCAACUUUGGUUAGCCAAAAAAAGUUCGAAAAUUCUGAUGUUUGCCAUUUAGAUUGCUUCUGCAGAAUCUGCACUCAUAGAUUUGUUUUUACCAGCGUUGUGGAGUGACGAACACAUCCAGCUGGCAUUUCUAGUCAUCGUGCACCAACCAAACCAGGGUAUGCCCACCAACUGCCUCUGCAUAUGCACUGGCGGGUCAUGCUGACUUAAGACAUUGAAACCUAUCAACUUUUUGUUGCACAGAAAAACCGUGCACUCCUCACCUCCACAUCACCUCAACAAGAAGUCUUUGUUCAUUACUGUCUUUUAUUCCUUCUUUGUGUUUAGUUCAGUCCAAUUGAAAAGGCAUCUACUUUUAACACUUGCAGCUACUCACAAUUUGAGGAAUUUCUACCAUCUACAUCUGCUUCUGGUAGAUACUACGAUGUCUUCAUUAACCAUCGUGGACCCGAUGUCAAGCACACAAUAGCCACUAGUCUUUAUAGCAUGCUUACAAAUGGCAUGGGACUCGGAGUUUUUCUAGACUCAUAAGAGCUUGAAUUAGGAGACUCCUUUCCCGGAGAACUAAAAGAAGCUAUGAAGAGUACUUCCCUUCAUAUAGCUAUAUUUUCAAAGAAUUAUGCACAAUCCCGUUGGUGUUUGGAUGAGCUAUCAUUUAUGUUCAGAACAGGCACUAGAAUUGUUCCCAUCUUCUACUAUAUUGAUGUUGGAGAUGUUCGAUAUGCAAAAGGAGUCUAUGCUGAAGCAUUUGAGUUGCACGAAAAAAGGGUAGAUACAGUUCCAAAAAGCUAAAGAAGUGGAAAGACACUCUCUUCAAUGUUUCACAUAACAUUGGUUACAUCAUUAAUAGUAAGAAGCAUUUGAGGAAUAAAGGCCAUCUUUGCUCAGGAGUUCAAUGAUUGCUCGUCGCAGGCGGAACUCAUGGUUAAAACAAGCAGAGGAAUUUGGAGCCUGGCGCCUUCUAGACUUGGACUGAAACUUAUUGUUGCCCAAGGUUGUAAUUUAAAUUUUUUAAUUAAUGAAGCAACAAGAGAUUUGAUCUGGCUUCGAUGGCUUGAUAUUGGACAGAGAAAUCUUCUGUCACUAAUUCUACUAAAAAAAUUGAGGGUUUUAGAAUUCUUUGAAAAUUGGAGGUUGGGAAAUCAUAUAUGGGAGCUUUGGGUAGCUGAUUGUGAUGCUCCUUUACAGUUAAGAGUGUCGAUUAUUUCUUAUUGCCAUCAAUUCGACGGGUUGCCAAAGUCAAUAGGAAGUCUCAAGCAAUUGAGAAAAAUAGUUCUGCAAUCUGCACCCUGUUUGGAAAGUCUUCCACAAGAAUUAUGUCUACUGCAUGGGCUAUUAUCACUACCUUACAGUAUGGGCAAUUUGAGAAAUCUCCGGCAUCUUAGUUUGUGGAGAUGCGAGAAAUUGGGGAGGUUACCAGACUCUUGUAAGGAGUUAACAUUGUUGCAACAUCUGAACUUACGAGUCUAUUUUAAUGUCACCUUUAUGUUGGACAUAAUGGAAAACAUGUCAAAGCUAGAGUUUUUAGACUUCGCAGGCUGCAAAAAAUUGAAAGAGUUGCCUCGUCACAUCACAAAUCAAGCAUCCUUGAGAGAUCUUGACAUUAAUACAGAUGGUUUAAGGGAGGUACCAACGAAGAUCUGUCAACUGAGCAAAUUGCAAAAAAUGUGUGUCAGGGGUGAUUCAUUGACAAGCUUGCCAACCUCUCUUAGAGAUUUGUCUUCCUUGAAAACACUCAAAAUUGCUUUUGGCCAUAGGCUUGAAUGUUUACGGGACUAUUUGAGGCAUCUUUGUCUCUUAGAGAGAUUAGACAUAAAAAUUUUAGGAGUGAAAUUUUUACCAAAAUCAAUCAGUGAAUUGAUUAAUCUGGAAAGCUUAUUGAUAUCUCAUUGUGAAAUCCUUGAAUUGAAUCUUGGAACGAGGUCUUUAAGUUCUUCAUUAUGCAAGCUUAAAACGAUACAUCUAUCAGAUAAUGAUAAAUUGUCCAUGAUCACCAUCUCAAAAGACAGUUGCACUAGCCUUGAGACUCUCACAGUUGAAAACCAUAGAAAUCUAAAGGAGAUAGUAGGUCUACUAGGCUCAAUCAGAAAACAGUUUAUAAUUGAAUGCCCCAAGUUGUCUGCACUUCCUAGUUUUGCUCAAUUAACUUCUCUUCAAGAAUUUGGACCGAGAGGUUGCUAA